CGUCGCCGGCACACGCCUCUCGGAAGGCCAGGGCGGGCGAGCCCCGGAGGCCCGAGGGAGAGGGAAGAGCACCGGGCCCGGGUAGCGGAGGCGGGCGCCGCCGGAACGCGAAGCGCGGGGCUGCUGCGGGCGGGCGCGAGUUCGCGCAGCACCGCCCCCGGCGUGACCUGCUGGUCGCUUCCGGCGCGGGAGAAGAAUGUGGCCGCCGUGCGGGACGCUCCGGACCCUGGCCUUGGCGCGGUCGCGGGGAGCCCGGGCCUGCAGCGGGGAUGGGGGCGUUUCCUACACGCAGGGUCAGAGUCCGGAGCCGCGGACCCGCGAGUAUUUCUACUACGUGGACCACCAGGGCCAGCUUUUCCUGGAUGAUUCCAAAAUGAAGAAUUUCAUCACCUGCUUCAAAGACCCGCAGUUCCUGGUCACCUUCUUCUCCCGCCUGAGACCCAACCGCAGCGGGCGCUACGAGGCCGCUUUCCCCUUCCUCUCGCCCUGCGGCAGAGAGCGCAACUUCCUGCGCUGCGAGGACCGGCCGGUGGUCUUCACGCACCUGCUGACGGCGGACCACGGGCCUCCGCGCCUCUCCUACUGCGGCGGUGGCGAGGCCCUGGCCGUGCCCUUCGAGCCGGCGCGCCUGCUGCCCCUGGCCGCCAACGGGCGCCUGUACCACCCGGCGCCGGAGCGUGCGGGCGGCGUGGGCCUGGUGCGCUCCGCCCUGGCCUUCGAGCUCAGCGCCUGCUUCGAGUACGGGCCCGGCGCGCCAGCGCUGCCCUCGCACGUGCGCUGGCAGGGCCGCCGCCUCGCCCUCACUAUGGACCUGGCCCCGCUGCUGCUCGCGGCUCGGCCGCCCUGAGCGGGGCCAAGGGAAAGGCGGGAGGCCGCGGGCGCCUCUCGCCCCGCUCCCCCGGGACUCCACGCCCCGGAAAGCCCGCGCCACACGGGCUCGCGGCAGCCUAGUGCGCCUGCGCGCUCUGGGCCCCGCUCCCCCCUGUCCGGCGCUGUCCUUGGUGCUGCCGCGGCCUGGCCCUCCCGGACCCCCCGCUCCCCACGGCGCGCGCCCCCCGCGCACCCGACUCCGGCGCCCUCCGGAUUGGCCCGCGCUCGAGACGUCAGGCCCUGGCGGCGGCCGCGGGGCUCUGAUGCGCGUGCGCGAGCGUCCCCCGCCCCCUCCCAGCCCGGCCGCUGCUCGGGCCCGGCCGCCACCUGCACGGCGGGAGAGCCGCUCGCCGCGGGAGCGUCAGGUGAGGGGACGCCCGACCCAAAGUCACCAGGCGUGGGGGCGCUGGGGGAUCGGGGACCAUCCCGGCUCUGACCCUGGUGCGCUCCGAGAAGGGCGUGGGUCCUGGAGGGGGAUGGGGAACGCGGAGGCCACACCCUCCCUAAGCCCGGCCGAAAAUCGACCGGCGCUCGUGGGUAGCAGAGGAGGCCGUGGGGGAUACAGGCACCGGGUCGCAGCGCUGCAGAGGUGCGCAAGGGCCGCCCAAAGACCAGCUUGGGCCUCGCACUGCGCCCGAGGCAGACACAGGGCGUUCCAUCCUCUUCCCUCCCCCCUCCCGCACAGAGGGGCGCCCAGGAGGCAGUGACAGUCGUCGCGGAAUCCUGCGUGUGACACCCCGCCCCUGCCCAGCGGAUUAGGGGGUUGUCCUCUGGUAAAAGGAUUUCUGGGCUUCUUCCAGCCUGGGGUCCUCAUCCCUGCCCUGGCAGGCCCUUCUACACCGAUCUGCAUCUAGUGGGGGGUCAGCGUGAGCAGCAGCGCCGUGAGUUCUGAGGUCAAGAACCUUCUCCACUUGAGAAACCUUCCUGGGGGAGGCUGACUGGGCCAGGCCUGGAGCCACGUACCAACACUUUAUACCCAGGGGAAUGGAUCCCAAGGGCCCAGAUAACGCCCCCAACUUCUUGGGGUUCACACGCAUCCUGAGACAUCUGGGAACUGCCUCUGCCUGGGCCGAAGCUAUUCCAUUAAAACUUUAUUGCUGUGCUUA